AUGGAUGCUGAGCUUGAGGCUUCCGAUGCGAGUUGCCUGCUUGAGUUUCGCCAGGGUGUUUAUGGAUCGAUGUCGAUACUCGCGAGCCGUAGUCCUACGAUAGUCGCAACAUCUGAACAGGCCUUUCAGGUGUUACUCGUUCGUUGCUUUGUCGAAGAAGAAUAUCGAACGGGUGCAGGAGCGCAUGCUCUUAAGGCAUUCACCUCUUUAGCUGGUGCAUACGCGGUGGGGUCCACCCUUGAAGUACGGGUUAAAGUGAUUCAAGAGCUUGUUGCAAUACUCAAGAGCUCCAAGCUCUAUGACUCCGGCAAGAACUACGCACGCGUGAGACGUGCUGUAGCCACAUGGUGCGCUGAACUAUUGAUCGCUUCCGUUCCGGAACAAUAUGACGUUGCUUUGCGUCUCUCCGUGAUGCGGCUGGAUGCGCUUGAUGAUGAAGAUACCCGGCGCUCGAUCAACAAAGCUCUGUUCUCCGGGCCAUUACCAUCCGCAGCUGCUCUCGUGCAAACUCUUCGAGCAACAUUUAUACAAAAAGACCUCAAGACGAGCAUGCAUGAUCGUGCAGCCGAAAGUUGCGUCCGAUUUUGCGUUGAAGUUUUGAAAGCCUCUCAAGACAGCAGCUCCCAGAUUGAGCGGAGCUGUGUCGUGGAGUACAUCACGCACACGCUUUUCGGGCGAUCAGAGCAAAGCAAUUCUGCUGCCGUUCGAUCUUCGUUGAUAUUCGAGACAGCGGCAACUGCGCUUAUGGAAUUAUGUGAAUUUGACGCAAAGAGUGUAAGCGCCGUGCUAUCCAACUAUGCGAAUGAUUUGUUUGAUGUCGUUGAUGUCAGUCAAGAUCGCAUGUUUCGAACGAACAUAGCUGCAAUUGUGGCGCACACCAUCAGAGCUGAAGCACUCACAGUCAGCCAGAUUGUGUCAGAAUUUAUUGUAGUUGGCAUGGCCAGGCUGGAUCGAUGCAGUCUCGAGAAUCAGCUGCUCGGGGUUGUUUACAUUCUUAGUGGUGUACUAAGCUGUAUUGAUUCUGACACCAUGGUAAACACUGCAUCUGAAGACGAGCUACAACUAUUUUUGUGGUGUUUUCGGAAGAUGGUUGAUCUUUUCCACUGCAAGGUGAAAGAAGGCUCCAUUUUUGCACUGCAUCCGACAAGCGAUCUUGCUCAGAAUGAGCAUAUGGCGAUCUUGCGAAGUUUAAUGGAUGGCGUCGGUCUCAGUGGUACGCUGAAGAGUCUUAUGCGGAGCUCUUUGAGUGCUGAGUGGAGUUUGUUAAAGGCCAAGGUGCUUCAAGAUUUGGGGACAGUUAUCGGAUGGAAGCCGGAUGGUGCUUACUUGGAUGACCGGGUGGCCCCAAAGUUAGUUGCAGUAAAGAAGAUCGCAAUUGAGAACGUAGGCCGAGUCGUAUCAGGCCUACCCGGCAUGAUGUCUGCGGAUUUAUCAAGUGGUGUUGAAGCCGUCUUGGAUGCUCUAUUCGACCUUGACGUAGAGACUGAUGUCGAGUUGCAGUUCGAUGUAGGAGAAGUGCUUGUGGCACUUGGAACCCAUGAUUUCGAAGAGACUUUCGCAGUGGACCGUCAGGCCAAAUACGACGUUUUUGCAGCGAAUCGCGCUGCUACGAUUUUUGAGCGAGUCGUAAACGAGCAUGCCGAAUCUCGGCAGCCAAAAAAGCGUCGUAUUGCCGCAGUAUGGCUUCUGUGUAUGUGUGCGGCAGGCCUGACAACAUCGUCGCGGAACGAUGGACGUACGGUAGCGUAUGCUACAUCGUGGGCGGGUGUAUUUCGCUCUCCUGCCUAUUCACGAUCCAUUCUAAGCGUGCAUGAGUUUUUCGUGACGAUGCUUAACGACGCAAACGAAGUAGCGAAAGAAUGUGCAGUGAAAGGACUAGCUUACCUGCGACUGCAUUCGCCGACUGACGAAAUGGGAGCGCACUUUAGCGAGAGCUUAUUCCGGCGAUUACGAUGCUUCCGGGCGUUUGUGAGUUCAAGUGACGUCGUUGAUGACGCUGACGACGGUGGGCAAGCUGUAGAUCAUAGCAGAGAAGAUGGUAGGUCCACUGCGGCUAUACUUUCGUCCUCAUCGGGUUCGGUUAUUGAAAAUGCAGCAUACCGAGAGGUCAGCAACGUUGCAGCAGAUGUCGGCGACCCGGAGCUAAUGUACGCGCUUUUGUACUUGAGUACGAAAGACCCGAUUUGGGAGUCGAUCGCAACGUCAAAUGCAUCAAGACCAAUGUUGAGACCAGGCAUGUUCUCUUUCGUCACUACUGACGAGAAAUUCCGUACGUCAGUCAUUGCGAAAGCUGGUACUCAGUGGAUGGCUGAAGAUUACUCCAGCAAAACAAAACUCGCUCCGUGGUUGUUUCUGCUGAAGUUCCAUCCACACAGCAAGGUAGCAGCGGUCAUGAGCAACUUAUGGGAAUUCGUAAAGGGAAACUCUGCCACUAUAGCAACAGCAACGGGCGAAAAGGCGCUGCUUCGACAGCAUUGGCCCCUUUUCUUUCAGUUCACUUUGGCUCGACUUGAGAAUGAUCGGAAUUUCAAGUAUCGCGUAGCUGCUUGUCUUGCCCUCGUUGAUUUGCUGAACGGAGCCGAAGCCGACGAUGUGAGGGAAAGCUUUUUACGGCUGUGGAUUUGCGCAUCGCGUGCGGUAGAUGAUGUGGUGGAGGCAGUCGCUGUUGCAGGUGUGAAGCUUUACCGAUAUCUAGGUGAGGUGAGUUUGCGCAUUGCUUUGAGGGAUACAGCGUGUAGCUCUCUACUCGUCAAGUUUUUGGUUGAGAAUGGGAUUGUGAGUAAAAGCAGUGUUUGUCGCGCGCUGAGCAUCGAUAUAUUGAUACGCCUGGUAAAGACACUGAAGGCGCACGACAUUCAGGACCGCCUCGCGCCGCUUUUGCUGAAACUGCUCGAAUACUUGUCUUCGUUGGAAAUGCCAGAGCUGCAGUACGCUCAAUUUCACGUGGAAAAGAAAGAUCAGCUGGAGCGUCUACGCGUUUCGAUUAGCCAGGCAGGACCUGUUGGUCAACUGCUGGACUUGGCAACAGUACGGCUGAAAGAGCUUGCUGGAAGUACUGAUUGUGUCACUGUCGUCGGCGAACUCGCUCGUGGUGUAGCCAACCUGUUGAAGUUUGGUGUUGGACUGAACACACGAGUAGGUACCGCCAAUUUUGUUAUCACACUUGCGGGCGAGCUUCCCUUCGAGCUUCGCAAAUGUAAUGGAGCCGAACUGUUGUUGCGCCGUGUAUUGAUUCCAUAUGUCGGCAUGAAGACAGCAGGUGAGAAUGAUCAGUAUGGGGAUGAAGAGAGUCGAUACGGUGGAACAAGCGGUAUCGACGGAGGUGAUUCCAGUCUGGCCGCGACAUCAGGGUUGGCCGAUGGACUAGUUAUUCAGAGCUACUGUCGAGCUGCUGCUUACUUAUGUCCACUCGUAGAUGCUGGUACAGUUCGUGACUACGUCCGGCGUGGUAUAUUUGCGUGUAGCACACUCGGUCAGUCGAGCAGUAAUAUCUCCAGCUCUUCUGCUUUCCCACUUCGGGAUGAUGUAGAAAUGGAAGCUGAUGAGACGGAGAACGUGCGGUUGAAAUCGCACCAGGUAUUCACCAGCCGAUUUUUGCUGAUUAGUGCUCUCGCAAUGACGGAGCUCGUGAAGAAGGUGCCACCAAUCGCGGAUACAGGCACAGUGGUUAUUGAUGAUAUGCGUAACACUUGGUACUGCACGCACGUCUUCCCCGCUGCUUUUAUCGGCCAGUUUGCUGCAGCAAACGCUUUGAAGAGCUCAUGGAAGACUGUGCUAGAUGAGUUACCACCUACGGUGCUUUACGCAUCACGAUCGUUGGAUGCUGUACUUCAAGCGAUUGCGCUACUGUUGGCACAUCCAGCCUGGGACACCCGACGACAAGCUGCUCGGGCUUUGCAAGCGAUUUUCGCAAGCGCCACGUACUGUUCCAAACUGUCUGUCGAGCAAGUUGAACGCAUUUGGUGCAAGCUAAUUGACGCUGUGCCGGGUCGUCUCUGGAGAGGCAAGGGUGUCAUAUUGGCGUCCAUCGUCUCUCUGGCGGCUUUCAAGAUGGAAACCAGGGCCACCGAUAUGGAUGAAGAAUGGACUAACAAGCUGUCGCUGCUUCUUGCUGAGGAAUGUGCCCGUGCGUGGAAGAACCAGGAUUUGGCGUACCUUGAGAGUGCAAUUAUAAAUCUCGGAAGGCUUUCCGCGUUGCUACCAGCUGAACAGAGCGAUUUGCGUCGUUUGAAUGUUUGCUCUCUGAGAAGUAUGCUUGCUGAAUGGAUGACGGGGAACGCGAUGGAAUCGUCUGAGUCUUCCUGGCCAGCUCUCCCACCGCUGCUCAUUAAGUGCGUGUUUGAAGCACUUUCACUGAUGUGGCCUCCCUUGGCAGCUGCACAAGGAACAGCAGGUAUAAAGGAUGUCGAGAUAAGUGCGGAGACCCUGCUCUGGCUUUGUGCAAGCGUGGAGUCGCCGCAUUUGGCCGCUUGGAGCGUCCGCAGAGCCAUUUUCCAGACGUUGGCUGCAGUUGCAGACCGUGCACCUCUAAAGGCACUCGCUGGCAGCAAUGGUGUUGUGGAACGCAUGGUUGACAGCUGUUGCGGGUCGUUUGGUGUGGCUGACGGGAAGUACUCGAUGGUUCGUGUAGCCGCAGCUGGAGCUCUUGUACCGCUGCUAAAACGCGCAGCGAACACUUCGAAUCUGGCGUUGAGACUCGUCGUCCAGCGCGAGCGGAUGGCGGCAGCUGUGCAGACGCUGUCGGCUAGUGAGGAAGCGUCGGAACAACAGGCCGCUUUCAACCUGAAGUCUCAAUUAUCGCUAAUGCCUUGA